AUGAACAGUGACUAUAGCAGAGACUCCGCAGUUAUUCAUGUUCAAAAUGCAGAUGAGCUGCGUUUAGCCCAGAUGGGUCAUAAGCAGGAACUGAAGCGUCACUUCUCAGUCUGGAGCUUGAUAGGGCUUGCUGCCAAUUGCACUAUAUCUUGGACUGUCAUUUACGGGUUUAUCCUUGUGUUCAUACUACAGUGCUUCUUGGGCACGUCGUUGGCAGAAUUUGUCUCGGCAUACCCAGUCGAAGGGGGGAUGUACCACUGGAUUGCAGCGAUUGCCCCAAAGCGCUACAAUAGUCUGCUGAGUUUUGCAACCGGCUGUUCUACUUGUUUUGGAUGGAUAUUCACGGCGGCUUCGACGAAUCUAGUCUAUGCCUCAAACCUCAUGGCCCUGAUUGCCCUCUACCACGAUGAUCUCAAGCUCCAACCCUGGAUGACCUUUGUUGCAUAUCAGGUUUUGAACGUGUUGAGCUCUGCAGUGGUCAUGUUUGGCAACCGUUUUAUUCCAAGCAUCAAUAAGUUUGCCUGCAAAACAGUGGUGUACCUUCAGAUGGCAUGGUUUACUAUCAUGGUCACAGUGGCCGCGACAGCUCCAACCCACAAUGACAGCAGGUUUGUUUUCCGAACCUGGAUGAACAAUACGGGCUGGGAGAACAAUGUCAUCUGUUUUAUCACAGGCUUGGUAAAUCCGCUGUUCGCCCUUGGUGGCUUAGAUGGGAUUACACCUGGCCGAAAUGCACCUUUAGCUCUAGCAUGUACACUGAUCAUUGCCUUCAUUACUGGGCUAUCUUACCUUCUAAGCCUCAUGUUUUCCGUCCAAGACUGGUCCAGCCUGGCAGACAGUCCGACAGGCCUACCACUUGCAGAGAUCUUCCGCCAAGCAACACAGAGCCGCGGGGGUGCUUUCGGACUGACAUUCCUUCUAUGGGUUGCUAUCGGCCCCUGUAUGAUUGGGUCACAGCUAAGCACUGGACGAAUGCUUUGGGCUUUUUCUCGUGAUGAGGGCCUUCCAUUCUCCAAAAUCUUGGCCCGGGUGGACCCUCGAUUUGGUGUCCCACUGUAUGCCCAGACGUGUGUAGCAGUGAUCGUGGCCCUCCUAGGUUGUAUAUAUCUGGGAUCCACCACCGCUUUCAACUCCAUGCUUAGCUCUGCAACGACGAUCAAUAAUCUCGCAUAUCUCGUCCCCAUCUUCACGAACGUGGUACUGAACCGUAGUACAAUGCAUCACGGGCCUUUCACCCUACCACAUGUUGCUGGCAUGACUGUCAACAUCAUUACCGUUGCUUGGCUGGUCUUUGCUAUUGUCUUCUUUUGUUUCCCGUUCUAUAUGCCCGUCACUGCCACGAACAUGAACUAUACCUGCGUCUGCGUUGGGGGGUUCAUCAUUAUCGAGCUCGUGUGGUGGAUGAUCGCUGGCAAACGGUACACGAAGGCAAUGCAGAAGGCGAGGGAGGAAGAAAAUAAUGUGUCUCGGGCCAUAAUGGUUACGGCUGACGACGGGAAGAACUAA